CCAAUGAAAAUCGCCCAUGCUGCAAUUGACAGCCGGGAGAACCAAUCCCACCCUUCUAGGGCGGGGCGCAUGUGGAGCCCUGGGGUUUGCCGACUAUGUUGUCUCUGCGUGCUUUCUAUUGAAGUCCAGGACCGCACAAUUGUUUAAAGCUCUCGAUCCCACUUCCCUAGGUCUGGUCCAGUCGGAAAGUAGACGAGCAGGAACGCCGUCGUGACUCCGUCCCUAGCUGGAUUUGGGCGUGAAUAGUUCAAAGUCCUGUUUUCAACAAAAAAAAUCACUGGUUAUUGAAAUUGGCACGUCUCCGCGACGGGCGGCUGGCGGGCAGAUCCAGAGCAAAAAUAUCUUCAGCAAAGAGGCGUCACCCUGGGCGGGGCGGGCAAGCCAGGCCUCCAUUCAUUGGCCCUUCGCUUCCUUGAUAGGCAACCUUGCAGACCAAUGGCGUCUUCAUCUGGAGGCGGGUGUCACGCAAUGAGCCAAUGGAAGCCUGCAUCGGUUGAGCCAAUAAGUUUAGGGCAGGGGGCGUGGCGGGAGGUUUGAAACGCGGCGCUCGGGGAGUUGAACUCCGACUGGUGCGCACCGAAGUUGGGACCCGGUAAGUGUUUAUAAAUAAUGAAUAAACGAUGGAGCCCAGCCUGCCUGGAAUCAGCCGCUGCUCGGCCAGUUGCACUGCAGAGGUCUCCCCCGCUGCGAGCUCGGGCCGGCCGGGGCUCCGAGGCGUGCCCUUGGUCGCGGUGGGAGCUGAGGCCCGAGUUAUUUCCCACAGGCAUCCCCUCCUCCCGUCCCGGGCCGGGCCCUGCCCCAGCCCCCACUCUUCCCGGCUGAAAUGGGCUCAGCCAAGAGUGUCCCGGUCACCCCAGCGCGGCCUCCGCCACACAACAAGCACCUGGCGCGAGUGGCUGACCCCCGUUCACCCAGCGCCGGCAUCCAGCGCACUCCCAUCCAGGUAGAGAGUUCUCCCCAGCCUAGCCUGCCCGCAAGAGAACAGCUGGGGAGCACCACACAGGCCCAGGAUUCAGAUCCCCGCUCGCCCACGCUUGGCAUCUCGCGUACCCCCAUGAAGACCAGUAGUGGAGACCUUCCAGACCUCCUGGUCAAACAGCUGAGUGACGUGUUUGACAACGAAGCCUCUGGAGCCACCCUGUGCCCGGGGCCCGCUGUAGCCCUGGAGGCACCCUCAGUGGACACGGACUCACCGCCUGGUCCCCAGUCAUGCCUCGAGGAUCAGAGGUGGACUGAGUUCCAUGCCCCACAGGGGCUCCCCAUGGAGGAAGCGAGACCACCCAGAGAGCCCGCCGGGGCCAGCAGGAGCUCAGAUAAGCUCUCGAGAGACCCUGAGACACCACGGCCUUCAGCGGCAGACUGUUAUGAUUCCAAGCUCAACAGAAGGAAACCGAGUGGCAAGGUGCUAGGGAGGUCCCCCCUCACCAUCCUGCAAGAUGACAACUCCCCGGGCACGCUGACACCCCGGCAGGGGAAGCGGCCUUCCCCCCUCACUGAGAAUGUUCAAGAAUUGAAGGAAGGAACCCUGCUUGGAAACGGACGGCUUCUGAAAACCAGGGGGCACGCGUGGGAGCAAGGCCAGGAGCAUGACAAGGAAAACCAGCACUUUCCGUUGGUAGAGAACCAGGCCCUGUGAUGGGCCCCAGCCCUGGGUCCGCCCAGGGACAUCCCCUAUCUGUCCCCCAUCUCCCUCUGUUCCCCGAGAUGCCUCCUGGGGUUCACUCUGGGCUUGCUCAGUGUCUCGCAUGUUUCUUGUACAUUACAUUUGAUCUUAGCCAAGGGGCUGAGAAGCAAUUGUUUCUUGUGUAUUAAAGGAAGUGAUUUUACAUCA